GCAUUUGCCUUUGUCUGACUGAGUCCAUACACCCAAGCUCUUCUCUAUCUAGUGGUGUUUAUUAUCUGACACUCUCUCUCUGUCUCUCUCGAUCCCUCAUCAAGCCGCCGCAAUGACCGUGGGAGUUUUAGCUUUGCAGGGCUCCUUCAAUGAGCACAUCGCGGCUCUGCGUCGGCUAGGCGUCCAAGGAAUCGAGAUUAGGAAGGCGGAGCAGCUUCUCACCGUCUCAUCCCUCAUAAUCCCUGGCGGCGAGAGCACCACCAUGGCCAAACUCGCCGAGUACCAUAACCUGUUUCCGGCUCUACGUGAGUUUGUAAAAACGGGGAAACCUGUUUGGGGGACAUGCGCUGGUCUUAUCUUCUUGGCAGACAGAGCCGUUGGUCAGAAAGAGGGAGGUCAAGAACUAGUUGGUGGUCUUGAUUGCACCGUGCAUAGGAACUUCUUUGGCAGCCAGAUUCAAAGUUUUGAAGCUGAUAUCUCAGUACCUCUACUAACAUCUAAAGAAGGUGGGCCGGAGACAUACCGAGGAGUCUUCAUACGUGCUCCAGCUGUUCUCGACGUUGGCCCUGAUGUCCAAGUCUUGGCGCAUUAUCCCGUCCCAUCGAACAAGGUCUUGUAUUCAAGCUCCACCGUCCAAAUCCAAGAGGAAGAUGCUGUUCCAGAGACGAACGUCAUUGUUGCUGUGAAGCAAAGAAACUUGUUAGCGACUGCGUUUCACCCCGAGUUAACCGCAGACACGCGAUGGCACAGUUAUUUCAUGAAGAUGGGGAAAGAGGUCGAAGAAGGAGCUUCUUCAAGCAGUAGUGGAACGAUUGUUUCUGUUGGAGAAACCAGCGUUGGUACCGAGCAAGCUAAGCCUGAUAUUCCUAUAUAUCAGUAACUAACAUUAGAGAGAAGAGACUCAUCACUUCUCUUGAAAUAAAAGAAAAAAAAAACUAUAGAAAAGUGUCAGAUUCUUUUUGAUGUUUUGUGGAAAGAAAAUGUCAAUCUAGUUUGCAUUUGAGCACACAAGAAAAAUUCACAGUACUUUGUUUUCUUGACACAACUUUGUAUACCGUUGAAUCAAACCUGCUUCUUUGGCUCA